AUGGCAGGCGAGGAAAAGAAUACGAUCCACGCAGAAGAUGUGCUGGUCGACGCUACGUCGCAUCUCGCACACGACGAUAGGGAGAUUGAACUGGACAACGGAGAGAUUCUCCUACGGCUGGCCCCCGGCACUGAGAAAGGGUCGAAUGUGACCAACCUCAAGCUCGCAAAGGAUGGCCAAACCGUGCUGGUCCCCCAACCGUCUGACGACCCUGACGAUCCCUUAAACUGGUCGUCUUUCAAAAAGCACAUGAUACUCAUUUGUGUCGCUUUUGGAGCCUUCGCCGGUGAUUUUGGGUCUGGCGCCGGGGUCGGUACCAUCGUCGUGCAGGGGAUCGAAUGGGACAUGUCCCCCGUGGUCGUCAACUACGCGGGCAAUCUGAAUGUCAUCAUGUGCGGUGUCUCAGGCCUCAUCUGGAUGCCGCUGCUCAACUACUGGGGCCGCACGCCUGUGCUCUUCUGGAGCUCCGUGAUGGGUGCAGCCUUCACACUGGGUUCGGCCCUGGCUCCCAACUUUGCGGCUUUCUACGGGUUUCGCACGCUGCAGGGCGUGACCCAGAGUACCGGACAGACCAUCGGCUUGGCGUUUAUCCACGACAUGUUCUUUUUCCACGAGCACGCCCGCAAGAUCGGGGUCUGGUACGCGAUAUACAUCAUCUCCCCCUUCGUCGGGCCCUUCUGCGGCAACUUCAUCGUCGGCACGCUGGGCGAGUGGCGCCCGGUCUUCUGGCUGGUCUUUGCCUGGUCGUGCUUCCUGCUCUGCCUAAUCCUCUUGUUCGGCGACGAGACCUACUACAAGCGCUCGGUGCCGCGGGCGCAGCAGCCCCGCCGUCCCGACGGCCAGAUGGACCGGCUCUCGCGGGUUUUGGGUCUGUGGCAGAUCCAGCACCGCUCGAACGGCUACUUCUCGACCCUGGCCCGGUGCUACGGCCGGCUGGCCGAGGUGCUGUUCAAGCCCGUCAUCCCGCUGUGCAUGAUGUUUUAUUUGAUGAUAUUCAUGUGGUCGGUGGGCAUCAACAUCACGUCUUCGAUCCUGCUGCAAACGCCCGUCGAGGCCGGCGGGUACGGGUUCAGCUCCAUCGCCUGUGGAUACAUGUAUUUUACGCCGUUUGUUGCGAUUCUCAUCGGAGAGGCGUUCGGGCACUAUUUCAACGACUGGAUCGCGACGCGGUACAUCGAGAACCACCACGGCCUGUUCGUGCCCGAGACGCGGCUCUGGACAAACUACAUCGGCGGCGCGUUCAUGGUGCCCGGCCUGGUGCUGGUGGGCCAAACACUGCAGCACCAUCUGCACUGGGUCGGCAUCGUGUUCGGCUGGGGCAUGUUCCAGUUCGGCGUCAUGAUCGUCUCCGUCGCCACCGUCGCCUAUGUGCUCGACUGCUAUCCGUCCGCCUCCGGCGAGGUGUCGGCCCUGAUCAACUUCGCCCGCGUCCUCGGCGGCUUCACCGUCGGAUACUUCCAGCAGGCAUGGGGCCUGCGCAUGGGCUUUGACGUCUCCUUCGGCCUCCAAGCCGUCAUCGUGGUCGCCGCCUACCUCAUCCUUGUCUGCGUCCAGGUUUACGGCGCCAGGCUGCGCCGCUGGGCGGGGCCCGUCAGAAUCGCGCUGUGA